GCGCUCGCCAUCCGCGCUCGCCCUCCGCCGGCCCGCCGCCCCCGGCCCGCGCCCGGCGCCCCAGCCUCGCGCCCGAUGGUGAGCAGCGUGUUGUGCCGCUGCGUGGCCUCUCCGCCGCCGGACGCCGCCGCCACCACCACCAGCACCUCGUCGUCGCCGGCUGCCGUGGGGGACCCGUGCGGCGGCGCCGUCUGCGGGGGUCCGGACCACCGGCUGCGCCUGUGGAGCCUCUUCCAGUCCCUGGACGUCAACCGCGACGGCGGCCUGUGUGUCAACGACCUGGCCGUGGGCCUGCGGCGUCUGGGCCUGUACCGCACCGAGGGCGAGCUCCGGAAAAUCGUGCAGGCUGGCGACAAGGACCUUGACGGGCAGCUGGACUUUGAGGAGUUUGUCCAUUACCUCCAGGACCACGAGAAGAAGCUGCGACUGGUGUUUAAGAGUUUGGACAAGAAGAACGAUGGACGGAUCGACGCCCAGGAGAUCAUGCAGUCCCUGCGGGACCUGGGGGUCAAGAUAUCCGAGCAGCAGGCGGAAAAGAUUCUCAAAAGAAUACGGACGGGCCACUUCUGGGGCCCUGUCACCUACAUGGAUAAAAAUGGCACAAUGACCAUCGACUGGAACGAGUGGCGGGACUACCACUUGCUGCACCCCGUGGAGAACAUCCCCGAGAUCAUCCUCUACUGGAAGCACUCCACGAUCUUUGAUGUGGGUGAGAACCUGACGGUGCCUGAUGAGUUCACGGUGGAAGAGAGGCAGACCGGGAUGUGGUGGCGGCACCUGGUGGCCGGCGGUGGGGCGGGGGCCGUGUCCAGGACCUGCACAGCCCCCCUGGACAGACUGAAGGUGCUCAUGCAGGUGCACGCCUCCCGCAGCAACAACAUGUGCAUCGUGGGUGGCUUCACACAGAUGAUCCGUGAGGGGGGGACCAAGGCCCUGUGGCGGGGCAACGGCAUCAAUGUCCUCAAGAUUGCCCCCGAGUCGGCCAUCAAGUUCAUGGCCUACGAGCAGAUCAAGCGUCUCGUCGGGAGUGACCAGGAGACCCUGAGGAUUCAUGAGAGACUUGUGGCUGGCUCCCUGGCCGGGGCCAUUGCCCAGAGCAGCAUCUACCCAAUGGAGGUUCUGAAGACCCGAAUGGCCCUGCGCAAAACUGGCCAGUACUCAGGCAUGUUGGACUGUGCUCGCAGGAUCCUGGCCAAAGAGGGGGUGGCAGCCUUCUACAAAGGCUAUGUGCCCAACAUGCUGGGCAUCAUCCCCUAUGCCGGCAUCGACCUCGCUGUCUAUGAGACGCUCAAGAACACGUGGCUGCAGCGCUACGCAGUCAACAGUGCGGAUCCUGGCGUGUUCGUGCUGCUGGCCUGUGGCACCGUCUCCAGCACCUGCGGCCAGCUGGCCAGCUACCCCCUGGCCCUGGUGAGGACCCGGAUGCAGGCACAAGCAUCCGUGGAGGGCGCCCCGGAGGUGACCAUGAGCAGCCUCUUCAAGCACAUCCUGCGGACCGAGGGGGCCUUCGGGCUGUACCGGGGGCUGGCCCCCAACUUCAUGAAGGUGAUCCCGGCCGUGAGCAUCAGCUACGUGGUAUAUGAGAACCUCAAGAUAACCCUGGGUGUGCAGUCACGGUGACGGCCCCGGGACAUGGAGCCAUCUCAUUCUGUGAAUGUGCCAACACUAAAGCCGCCUGAGCCAAGCUGGGAGAAUGGGGCAGAGCUGGCAGGAAGGCCGCGGGCACAGCUUGAGUGCAGGCGUCUCUUAUGGUGCCUGCAGGUGGCGGCAGGCCCCCAGGCAGCUCCCAUCUGCUCUCGAGGUCGAAUCAGCCUUCCCCAUCGCUUCCCCCUCUGCUGCUCUGACUGGGGAGCAGGGGCUGGCAGCCCCCACCCUCUGCACCUGCAGCCACAGGACUGACCUGUGCGGGCACCACGAUGGGGUCUGACUCAGGUGCCCACCCUCUUCUGAAUUCAUGCACACAUAGGCACCUGGACAUCACGUGUGCAUGAGGGUCGCAUGGCUGCCCAGAGCCUCUGCUCUGACUGACCCAGCCCACUGUGGGACAGUGGACAGUUGGGUUCAGGGUGGCGGGCAGAAGGGACGCCCCAGCAAGACCGCGCCACGGCGGCAGCAGCCUUAACCAUGAUGUUGGGGAGAAGGUUCUGUUUAGAAGGGAGCUGGGCGAGCAGCAGCCCUGUGCUUCUGGAGGGAGGACAGGAAGUGAGCCCCUGCUGUCCCGCGAGUGAGUCUGUGUCGGCGCCCUGGGUGGGGCUGGGGUGCUGUGGCCCAGCUUGUGGAGCCCAUGGGACCAGCCUCACAUUCCACUGACGCCACGUGUCACUGCUUGGAGCCUAUUUAUUUUGUAUUUAUUUGAACAGAGUUAUGUCCUAACUAUUUUUAUAGAUUUGUUGAAUGGAUAGCCUGUCAUUUUCAAGUUCAUUUUUUUAUUCAUAUUUAUGUUUACGGUCAGUUGUACCUCCCAACACCACCUGGUGGCGCUGUGGAGGCACCACCCGCUUCCCAUGUGGAAUUACAGAGAAAUAAGGCCAGAAGGGAGGCGGCCUGGUCCUGGGUGGAAGACAUUGAGGCAGGCCAGGUCAGGGCUGGCCCCCAGUGGCCCCCAGGCAGCCUCAGGGGCCCAGGGCCAGAGGGGGAGCCUGGGGGAGAAGCCGAAAUCACAGUGAGGUGGAAGAUGGGCCGAGGCUUCCAGACUCGGAGGAGGUAUUGAUUUCAGCCCUUCUGAAGGCCAAGGUUUGGUGGGUUUGCGGUGGAGGCUGCUCUGCCCCCACCCAUCCGUGGAGCGGGCUCCCUUCUCAGCUGCUCUGCUCGUAGCACUGGCCACCUGACCUUAGCAGUGCCCUCAUCGCCCCAGAGACGCCUGAUGGAGUUUAAGUAGGGAGCGAAAAUCAGUGCAAACAUGAUUGUUACACAGGGUGAUAACUGGGACUUGUCCAGAGCUGGUGAGAAAGUCUUGAAGUUGUCAUUGAAAACAGCCUUCUAAUAAAGUUAUUUCAUAA